AUGAUGUCCCCUCCCACACCCGUCGUCGCCGCCGUUGAUAUUCUCGCUCGCUCUCGGAAGCGGCUCCGGUCACGGGACCGCCGCCAGCUGCCCGUUUUCCCACAGCUGCCCGAUUACUCAGCCGUGCUGGAACCUCAUCUUCCAUCACAAUCGCAUCCAAACAGCAGAACUGUCACUUGCCCACGCCGCCCAUUGCGCUACUCAGAAACCGAUAAUACGCUUGUCGACUGCCCGUCCCUGCUAUACAUGAUGUCCGCUCCUUCUCUCCUCAAACAGAUCAACGCCCGGCCAUGGCUCAAGCGGAUGAUGAUGCCGCUCGCCAACUGGCACGCCAACGCUUCCGGAUACAGACAAAUGGGACUGAGAGCCGAUGACCUGAUCCCAGAAGAGAACGACACUGUCCAGCUUGCACUCAGAAGACUUCCACCCAAGGAAGCCUACGAUCGCGUCUUCCGCAUCCGACGCGCAUUCCAGCUCUCCAUUGAGCAUCAGCUCCUCCCCGUCGAAGAACAAACCAAGCCAGAAGAGGACGUCGAGUAUCUCAGCCCUAUCAUCCGAGAAAUCGAGCGCGAGAAUAAGGAACGGGCGGAACUCGAUAACCUCAUCAUCAAGCGAUAA